AGCGGGAAGCCCGAUGUGGGACUCGAUCCCAGGACUCCAGGAUCAUGACCCGAGCCGAAGGCAGUCGCUUAACCAACUGAGCCACCCAGGCGCCCUGGAAACAUUUUUUUAAAAGCUCCCCAAAUGAGCCUACUGUGCACCCAGGGGUUUAAAAAAAAAAAAAAAAUCACAGGUUUGGAAAACAACCAACAAGGGAGUCGAUUAGAUCUCCAGAGGUGGAAAAGGAGCUUUGUCCAAGGCCAUCUUCUCUGCCUUUACAGCCUGACCGUGACCUACAGCAAGGGUCAGCAAACUUUUCUGUAAGGGGCCACAUAAGGUCUCUGUCCUGUUUAAAGUCAAAAACAAAUGGACACCAGCCUUGAAAAUUCCCUAAUCAGACAAAACAAAUUUAGUCAUACAAGCAUAGCUUAAUUGGUUUAUUUUGCAAGACUAACUUGACCCGGGUCAUUUCCUAUUUAUGCUCCUGGAAAUCCUAAGCAAAAGCUAAAACUGUUUGAAUCCCUAGGCCGGUAUGCGGUAACCACCAACCAAUUUCUCACCAUUUAAGAAAACUAUCAUGACCCAUCACUGUGAAAAAUAAACAGUCCCUGCCUUCUCACUAUAUAAGCUGCUUUAUAACAAAAUACCCCUCAUCCUCAUUCCAUGGUUUGGUCUGAGUGCUCCCGGUUCACGACUAUCUUCCGGUGUGUGUGCACAUUUAAGCUUUCACUAAUUACUACUUCAGGGACUCAAUGGUUUUCAUCGCUGCCUCGACAGUCACGUGAUUCCUGUUUUUCAGUACCCUCUCAACUAACCAAGUUCCAGCCACCCUCUGAGCUCCGGGCCUGUACAACACCCGCCCCGGGACCGGCUGUGCCCCCAGGCUGCAAGCUGCAGACCCCUGAGCGGAAAGGAAGCCCCCAAGUGGGCUAACGGAUGCGACCGUAUCCAGGCGGCCCUGCCGCACUCUCUGCUCCCAAAGGCGGGCCAGGCCCGGGACUGCGCAACUCGAGUCCGCAGGAGCCUCAGGACCCACAAAACGACCCCGCAAGGGAAGGGCCACAGCCUCUUCAAAAACGUCACGUCUCCGCCCCGGGCUACAGACGCCACGGAGGCGGCCCAGGCCCUCGGGCCAGCCGGCCUCCGCCCUCCUUCCCGGGCCCGCGCUCCGAGCAACCCCACCAGGGUCGGCCGCUGCUCCUUCCCUGCACCCGCGCCCAGGCCUCGCCACGCACCGCCGCCCCCGCCGGGCCCGCCCGGUGACUCAGCACUCGGCCGCCGCACCGCCGCGGGGCAGAGGCCUCGGGCGGCGCGAACCUGCAGACACGGCGCGGCGGGGGCGUGACGAGAGCGGCGCGAGGCCCGGGCGGCCGCCACUGCCGGGCACAGGUGCGCGGGCACGGCCUCGCCGCCGGCCUCCG